UAGUGGAACUAUCGAAUUAAUUGCGUCGUGUUGUGCGCCGGCCAGUUUGUCUAGCGAUUGAGCGGCGGCCAGACAGAAAACACAGCUUGAUAAUACACAUACGUACAUGUGGUCACGAUCUGACAAUGGGAACCGACAAGGAUAAUGAUAUAUUGCGUCCACUCAGCGAUAGCGAAGUAGACGAGCUGCUCGCUCUGUACAAGACCAAGUUCGGAGUCCAAAACUUUCACUAUCUGCUGUUUUACAAUCAGAGAAAGUGGGAUCGCCAGCUGGACGAAGCCAAAAUUAGUCGCGAUGAUCCGGAUUACAUAUCCCUGAGGAAGCAGUUCUUCACUCAUCGCCGUGGUGACUUCCGGAAGUGGGGAACGUACGUCAGUCUCCACCGGGACAUAGUCCAGAGUGUCUCCUUUUUCAGUUGGCAACCGGACGGCUGCCCCGAGAUGUGGGAGUGCCUGGAGCAGACCAAUCGCAUCGAAUGGACUCAGGGUGCCCUGCUGACCAAUGUGGAUCUAGGAUUCUGUGACCGGGUCAAGACGCUGGCUCAGAAACGGGGUGUCUUGGAGAUGCAGCCGCGUCAAUGUUUCGGAAUGGUCUUGAGCCACGAGGAUGCGAGGAAGGCCGAGGUGCCGGAACUGCUGUCGGAGUUCGAUAUCCGACGGCUCACUGACGAGGACGCGGCCAUGGUUCACUCCAUUUGGCCGAACAAAGGUGAGGGAUCCUUGGCCUAUUUACGGGCUCUCAUCCGCUUCAACCAUACGUUGGGAAUCUGUCGGAGUGAUACGGGCGAACUCAUUUCCUGGAUCUUCCAGAACGAUUUCUCCGGCCUUGGCAUGCUUCAAGUCCUGCCCAAAGCGGAACGACGAGGUCUAGGUGGCCUCCUGGCAGCUGCCAUGACUAAGCGGAUUGCCAAGAACGAGGAGGUGACUCUCACCGCCUGGAUCGUGGCCGUGAACUGGCGGUCGGAGGCUCUUCUUAAGCGCAUAGGCUACCACCAGGCCGUGGUCAACGAAUGGAUCAAGCUGGUGCCCCUGACAUCCUCGUAGAGCUAGGAACUCUCAUCUCAUCACCAUCACUGGGCUGGGGCGGUGCUGGAUUUACCGCUGGAAUGGAAUACUAACAUUGGGUUGGGUCAAGAAGCACACACACAUAGAGUCAGAUUUGCAUUUUCUGUACAUCUGUACACCUUAAGGUCUAAUUAAAUCAGAAACUAAUUCGAAACCAGGGGCCAAAUGGAAAUGGAAAUUUGAUGACCCGAACUACUUUUGUACACACUCUGAUACGAUAUCGAAAAUAAAAUUAAUUAGAAUCAUUGCUUAGACUAA